UCUGGCUUUCAGUCUUGCCACACCCCCAGACACAAUCACACACAGAUAUACAUACUCAAAAACACUCUUGUAUACCCAAACACUCGUAAACACACCCUGAACAUACCUAUAUAUACCCAACUCAAAUAUACAUACAUACAUACACACAAUUGUGAAGUGUUACCAUAAUCUUGGCAAAUUGUAGCACCACCAAGCGCCAAGACAACAGUGAACCAUCUUUACAAGCCAAGUCAACAUUACCCCUUGACCACAACCCUCCACACUGCCCUACGUCCAUUUAUAUAAGGUUCUGGCGUGUAAAUGGAAGCAGUAGAAGGAAGAAAAAAGAGAGAAAGCAAAGAGGAGGACGAAGAUGAAAGGAGAAAAGGAGGAAGAAGAGGAGGAUCCAAGCCACAAUAUUUAGGCGCCUCAUGCAUCAGGAUAACCAAAGUGAAAGUUCCCGCGGCUGUUGAGAUCGGAGGCGCCGCCGAGCUGGACUGCGAGUGGGAGCGAGAAGGCGACACGAUGUACUCAAUCAAGUGGUACCAAGGCUCCACGGAAUUCUACAGGUACACUCCCUCAGCACAGAAGCAAAUACAGAUAUUUGAGCCCACCACGCUGGAUGUUGAUCGCGCCAGGUCAUCAGGGGGCAGUGUGCGCGUGGCCAACAUUACGGUGGAGGCAGAGGGGCCCUUCCACUGUGAGGUGUCCGCUGAGGGCCCCACCUUCCACACCGCCUCAGACUCCGCCAAGAUGUGGGUGGUGGCUCUGCCCAAUCAAGGCCCUAUAGUGAACGGGGUCAAAGGUCACUACCAGGUCAGAGAUUGGGUUGACCUCACUUGCAUAUCGCCAAGGUCACGGCCCGCUCCCAGAUUGACCUUCACUAUUAACGGCAGCCCGGCGUCAGAAGGGUGGCUGGAGAAACAGAAGACAACAAGAGGAGGGGAGGGCAGAAGUAUAUCCUCUCUACGGCUUCGCUUCUCUCUCCUACCGCGCCUUCUGCAGGAGGGACGCGCCCUGGUCACCUGCCUUGCCGAGAUACCCAAACUGUGGCAGAGGGAAACGCAGGUCGCCCUCAGCACUAGACCUUCCUACCAGGCCUCCGUCAGGGGUACUACUGACGGAGGCGGUGCUGGUGGUGGUGGUGGUGGUGAUGGUGCAGGUUCUAGUUCCCUCCUCUUCCUCCUCCUUCUCCUCCUCCUCCUCCUCUUUUCUCAACGACAUCUCCUAACGUGGGCUUGAGAAGACUCCUCCUCCUCCUCCUCCUCCUCCAGAUGCACCACCGCCACCAUCUUUGUACUCCAGUCCCUUGUAAUAUAAUUGUAAUGAAGAGGAAGAAGAAGAAAAAAAUAAUAAUAAUAAUAAUAAUAAUAAUAAUAAUAAUUGUAAUUGUAAUAUAUUGUGUACUGUAGUAGUAGUAGUAGUAGUAGUAGU